ACUGAGUGGUGAGGAGAGAGGCAUCGUCUCACUGAUGCUGAGUCACAUAACAGAGGGACCACAGCCACAUCCCAUGAGUCUUUGGGAAUCAUGGAGGAGCUUGAACACACUUGCCCCCAUCCCCGGACGACUUUGACAGAGCCUGCCAUAUUUGCCAGGGAGACCAGUUGUGAUUGUCGCGCCCCUCAUGAGAAACUCACCAUCGCUCAGGCCCGCAGAGGCACCCCAGUGGAUCGGCCGGUCAGAGUCUACGCAGAUGGGAUUUUUGACCUAUUUCACUCCGGACAUGCUCGCGCUCUCAUGCAGGCCAAGAACCUUUUUCCCAACACCUACCUCAUAGUAGGAGUGUGCAGUGAUGAGCUGACCCAUAAGUACAAGGGUUUCACAGUCAUGACGGAGAUUGAACGUUAUGAAGCACUGAGACACUGCCGCUAUGUCGACGAGAUUUUGAGAGACGCACCCUGGACUCUCACACCCGAGUUCCUAGAGAAACACAAGAUCGAUUUUGUGGCUCAUGAUGAUAUCCCAUACUCCUCAGCAGGAAGUGAGGAUGUUUAUAAACACAUCAAGGAGGCAGGGAUGUUUGUGCCUACACAACGGACAGAGGGCAUCUCAACAUCUGACUUAAUUACCAGAAUUGUCAGAGACUAUGACGUCUACGCCCGACGCAACCUCCAACGUGGCUACACGGCCAAGGAGCUUAACGUCAGCUACAUCAACGAAAAGAAGUACCGGCUGCAGAACCAAGUGGACCGGAUGAAGGAGAAGGUUCGCACGGUUGAGGAGAAGAGCAAACAUUUUGUUUACCGUGUGGAGGAGAAGAGUCACGAUCUCAUUCAGAAGUGGGAAGAGAAAUCUCGGGAGUUUAUCGGCAACUUCUUAGAACUUUUUGGACCUGAUGGGACUUGGAAACAGGUGUUUCAGGAGCGCAGUGGACGUAUGUUGUCCUACGCUCUGUCCCCCCGGGAGUCGCCCUGCAACAGUCCUCCCCGCGAACUGUCCCCCUUGCGAUCUCCGUCACCCCCGUCUCCCCCCGCCCGCUGGCACAAUGCACGGCCCUCGCCCCCAACCUCCCCCAAAGGAGCAUCUGCCUCUAUAAGCAGCAUGAGUGAAGGUGAUGAAGAUGAGAAGUAGAUGAACUGUUGAACACACACAUUGCACACACACACAAACACCCACAAACUCCACUCACAAUACACUGCCUGAUA